UCGGAGAAAAUGCAGGUGGAGGACGCUAGAUAUCUGAAAAAAAAGGUAAAGGUUGGCUCGCUAGAUGUUCACCCGACAGAGAAAGCGCUUGUGGUCAACUAUGAGCUGGAGGCCACCAUCCUGGGCCAGCUGGGAGAUGCCAUGCUGGGCGACAGGAAGGAGUGCCAAAAGAUCAUCCGCCUGAAGAGCCUCGACGACAACACGGACAUAGCUGCGCUGGCCCGUGAGGUAGUGGACAAGUGCAAACUGAUCCAUCCCUCGAAGCUGAGUGAGGUGCAGCACCUCAUCUCCUACCUGCUCACCAGGAAAGAGAAUGUCAAAGACAGCCACAUCUCUCUCGACAACUCCUCCCCGGAAGGCACAACAGAACAGGCCAACCUCAAUGAGCUCGAGUCCUACAUGGAGAUGCUGUAUGAGGAGAUGCCCGAGAAAGUGCGAGGGGCGUCGCUCAUCCUGCAGCUAGCAAGGAACCCAGACUACUUGGAGGAGCUGUGCCAGAAUGAGACUGUUCUUGGUGCGCUGGCCAGGGUGCUGCGUGAAGACUGGAAAAAGAGCUUGGAUCUGAGUUACAACAUAGUGUACACAUUCUUCUGUUUCUCAGUCUUCUCGAACUUCCACACUGUUAUUUCCCACUUUAAGAUCGGGUCCCUUUGCAUGGAUAUCAUAGAUGGUGAACUCCAGCGCACAGACCAGUACCGUGAUCAGCUGACCAAGCGCAAGAAGGGAGCCGACGGCAUGGCAGAUCCUGCCAAGCUGCAACAGGACUAUGAGCGUAACUUGAAGAAGUACCAGGCGGUCGUGGCGAAGCAAGACCAGGUGCUACGAGUGUGUACGUACCUCUUGCUCAACAUUGCCGAGGAUGUGCGGGUAGAGGAGAAGAUGCGCAGGAAGAACAUUGUUGGCCUGCUGGUGCGCAUGCUGGAGCGAGAGUCCACAGAUCUCCUUCUCCUAGUUGUGUCCUUCCUCAAGAAACUGUCUGUGUAUAUGGAGAAUAAGGAUGAUAUGGGUGACUUAAACAUUGUGGAAAAAGUGAGUCGCCUAAUUGGUACAGACAACAGCGACCUCCUCAAUGUCACAGUGCGACUCCUCCUCAACCUUUCAUUCGAUGCCAACCUCAGGACCAAGAUGAUCAAAGUCGGCCUUCUUCCCAAGCUUGUCUCUCUCAUAGGUGAGGAAAGACACCAGCAAGCAGUAUUGGCGGUUCUUUAUCAUCUGAGUGUUGACGACAAGUGCAAGUCCAUGUUUACAUACACCGACUGCAUUCCGACUGUGAUGAAAUUGGUGCUGAGUUCCCCAGGCCCUCAAGUCCCGCUGGAGCUGAUGGCCCUGGCCGUUAACCUGGCUGCCAACAAACGGAACGCACAGCUCAUCUGCGAAGGGGCUGGGCUGAAGCUGCUCAUGAAGAGAGCCCUAAAAUACCGCGACCCACUGCUGACUAAGAUGAUUCGCAACAUUGCCCAACAUGAAGGACCCACCAGGGAACUCUUUAUGGACUUCGUGAGUGAGCUCUGCGAAGUUGUGAGUAGUGGGGGAAGCGAUGAGUUUACCCUCGAGUGUGUGGGCGUGUUGGGUAACCUCUCUCUGCCAGAUUUGGACUAUUGCCAGCUUCUCACCAAGUACCAGCUGAUUGAUUGGAUUAAGAAUAGUCUCCAACCUGAUGCUGUGGAGGAUGACCUUGCCCUAGAGGUGGUGGUUCUCCUGGGAACUGUGGCCGGGGACCAGGCAGCUGCCGAGCUCAUCGUGGAGACGGGCAUACUUCAGGCACUCGUUAAUCUGCUCAACGCUAAACAAGAGGAUGAUGAAGUCGUGCUCCAGAUAGUGUAUGUGUUUUACCAACUAACGCGCCAUGAGAGUACACGGCCACAAGUCAUAUCCACAACUGAGGUUCCAGCUUACCUCAUUGACCUCAUGCAUGACAAGAACACGGAAAUCCGAAGGGUGUGCGACACAACGCUAGAUAUAAUAGCUGAAAAUGACGAGGACUGGGCCACGAGGAUCCAGUGCCACAAGUUCCGCUGGUACAAUAGUCAGUGGCUGGACAUGGUAGAGGAGGCGGAGAAUAUCGACACAAUGGGGGGCGAAGAGAUGGCUGGGGGGGAAGGUCUUGGCCACUCCUUCCUCCACCACUCGGAUGUGUUAGACCACCAGGGAAUGUACUCAGAUGGCCUCUCCUCUCCCGAGAGUGAAGACUACCCAGGCAUGAAUGGGCACGGUGAAGGCUCACGCCCUUCCUCCAACUACACAAACAGUAGUGGAAAUCCCCAAAGAUUUAGUGCUGACUUGGAGCAGUUUGCUGAUGAACUCCUUAAAAAGGCAGGAGUUUAAAGGGGAAGACCCCUCCUUCGCAACUUCAAGACACAUGUAGACUUAGAGAACGGGUCAGCAUGAGAGAACGUUGUGUAGAUAUCUUUGUGUUUUAUAUCGCAAGCUUUAAUUAUUUAUGUAAUGUUAUGUUUUCCUGGUUUCCUGGUUAGGUGUAUUCCCUAACAUUAGGUUAUAUACAGUUUUAUUUUUUCACUUUUUGGAAAGCUCUCCUGUAUAAGUACGUCAGAUGUGUGUGACUGCUUUGUGAAUCUCGUUUUUUCUCUCCAUUGUGCAUUAGUUUCAUUUAUAAGAGUUGUAUACAUGUACACUGGCUUCCAACCUGUACGACUUAAUUUGAUUUGAACACUUGAUUAUGGAAAGGUCACAGAUCCAGUCAGUGUUAUCAAAUAAAUGAAUUGUAUACACUUUAGGUUUGGAAAUUACAUCUGAUCCCCUCUUUUUUAAAAAAUUCUUAGUGCCUCUUCGUAUAUACAUAAGUACAUUUACUGGAAAGUUAAGGAAUAUACUCAGUGGGAAUUGAGCAAGGAAAACUAAAGAAGCUGUUUUAUUUUCUUAUAAUAAUAUUAUGUCUGUGUCUGUGUAGACAUCAUAAGUUUUAUCAGGUAUGUAUUUAAGAAAGAUGGUGAUAAAGUAAUAAAGGUAAAUGAUAAUAAUGAUACAUUCCUAAAGUCUUUAGGCUUAUGUCAUUUCAUCUGUUCAUGUUAUUUUAUUUUUUUAUAAAUAUAACAAUUUCCCGAACUGCAUUUUUAGUAUAUUGUAUUAUUCAUUAUAGGGAAUAUAUACAUUUUUAUAACCAAUUUACAACACGUAAUGUAUGGAAUAAGUAUUACUAAGGUUGUUUGUGACAGGUGAACCCCCCAAAAUAUUAUUGUGAUGAACCAUUAAAGCCAGCAUGCUAUGAAAGAGGUAUGAACUUGACAAUAAUUGCCAUAAUGUUGAAAAGGCACUUAACAACACAUGUACUUUAACGCUAGUCAUAAUAUAAGGUUUAUGAAA